AUGCCUGUUUACACGGCGUGUGAUGUCCCGGCUGGGCCAUACCACGAAGUUGACCAGCCGUGCUUUCAAACCUUCACGCAUGAGCUGUCCCCUGGGCUCUUGUGCGUUCUGGUGUCAGAUAUCACAAUCAAUGGGAGCAUCCCAUUCAUGGCACAGUCAAGCCAGCCGGAGACCCCUCGCGAUCUCGAUCGGCCUCAUUAUCAGACCUUUGUGCAUCAGCUCUCUGAGGGAUUCUGGUGCGUUCUUGUGGCGGACUACCAGUUCCUCCAGUCGGCCGGGACCUCGCCGCUGACCAACCUUCAGGGAGCAGUUGCGCGGCUGUCUCGGUCACUUCUCUGGGCAAAUGCAAAGAUGCAGACGGAUGCGGCGCCGCAGGCCGCUAUGGCUAUGCAGCAGGGCUGGGGCAAUGCCAAUGCUCAGCUGUUGCUGCGCACCGCGGCAUCUUGGCAGAUGUCUGCCGGGCAAGUGCCAUUAGUGGCCCAAGAGCAGGACUUUCAACAAGGGGGCCACUGGAAGGGACAUCAGCGUUACUCCCAGAAAGGCUACCACCAGCAGCAGAACCAGCGACCGGGGCCACACAGACAUCCGCACCGGGUUGUGCACCAGCAGCCGCCUGAGCCGCCGCCGCGCAAGAAAGGGAAGGACAAGCCGAAUGGCUCGAGGAGUCCCCUCGGUGAGCCUCUGAGCGAGGAUGCCGUGCAACUCUUGACCUCCCACCUCAUGGCACAGGUGUUGAGCCAACGCGUGCCACUGGAAGAGGGGAGAAGUGUCCAGCUUUCGCUUCCAGACUGGCUGGAUGAAGUGCCGCAAAGUAGCGGCGUCACCAUCAGUGCCGAGCGUCGCACCGGGGUAAAUCGUGCACUGCGGCACUUGAGCAACAAGUUGCCUGGGUGCUGUUGGACCGUGGGACAGACCCGCGAGGAGAUCCACGUCUUCUUGGCUGACGCGGCGCGCUUCUCGAAGUGGUUCGAGGGCGGAACCUGA